CAGGAUAAUAAGCAACAAGUAAAAUAAAUUAUGUUUAACAGUAAUUGUGAUCAUUGUUAGAAUACUUUCACUAUUUAAAUCAUUUAGACCAACGUGGUUUCAACAUUAACUAUAACUGCUCAUUGACUUGAGACCAAUCUCGGUAGGAAAAUGAUAUUGCUUUGUAAAUGUCAACAAACUUAAUUGAAUCGUUUACUUUGAGAUUUUGAUUCAUUUUGUUUCAAUUUUUGAUUUUAAUCAUCAAAAUGAAAAUACAUGCAGUUCAUGCAGUUGUGAGUAGAUUGCCUCAUAAAGGAUUAGAAUGCCAUUCUCAGUGAGAAGUAAAAGGUUCAGGUGAAAAUAAAAUUUUGCGGCUUGUGAGGAUGAACUUACAAUCGCUACUCAAAAAGCAUUCUUAAGUUCAUUCAAUCAAAUAUCUCAGCACCAUGAAACACGAUCAACUUGAAACAAGAAUCAGUGUUUAGAAUCAUCAACUAGUUUAAACAAUUAGUCCGGUCCUGUGAUUCCCCUUAAGCUUUCGAAUCACGAUUUAUUUUAAAAUUGCUGACACUAGAUGGCUCUAAGGUUGCACCAUUCUGUAAAUUUUCAUUGCUGCGCCUUUUAAGCUGCCCAUGAACAUCACCAUUGAAAUGUUUUGAAAAUAUUGUUUAUCUUUUUUUAAUGUUCAACAAAUUUUUUAUUCAAUUUACUAUGUGAUUAACUAUCAUUUGUAUGAAUUUUUAAAUGUGCUUAUAAACUUUGUUUUGUUAAAAUCAAAACUACUCUCUUUAAGGACUUUAAAUCAGAUCUUUUAAAAUUCACAACUCUAUCCUCGAUUUCAAUGGCAGUCAAGGCAUGUAAACAAUCGUCUUUUCUUCAUAUUAUUUACAACAAAGAAAAAACUGACACUUUACUGAAACUUGCAUAUAAACAUCUUGGAUUGGAGGAGAAUGAGGCCCACGUUUUUCUUUCUAGUCUUUUCCUAACUUCAACGAAAACACAUAGCGCGAAUUUCAGCACCAGCUUGGACAAAAAGCUAAAACUUUUGACACCGCAUUUCACUUCAUCUCAAAUAGUCAACAACCCAAAACUUCUGACUAGUUAUAGACUGGAAACAUUAUCUCAAACUAUCAAAGAUUUACAAUCAUUUGGAGUUACCAAAAUUGGACCCGAGCAUUUGUGUAAUCCUAAAUUAUUAUGGCAACUAAGUGAACGAGACUGGAAAGAUUAUAAAUUAAUCGAUGAAAGUGUUGAUUGUGCUGCAUCGUACAUUGCAUCUAUAAGUGACACCUCGGGUCCAACUAAACAGGCUAUUUACGAUCGCUUACGUCGAGAAGUGCCAGAGUACAAAUCAUUACCUCUUAAAAAAUUGAAGCCGUUAAUCACUGCAUACACGAUCUAUCUCAAACAAUAGAUGUCAAAUUAAGGCAAUAGUCAAGCUAACUAGUUUGUUUCCUAUUAAUGCCAACAAACUAUCAUUGGUAUUAAAAUAACAAAUUACGUUUGUUUAUUAAACAGAGAUAAACGAAAAAAUCUUGUACCUACUGUGGCUAAAUUUUCAAACGUUUAGAUAAACAAAUAAAUAUUAAUUGUAAAUAACUUGAA